AUGGCAGACCAGCCCGGUGCAAGACUUUGGCCCGCGAUCGUCGAUCACCGCGCGCGAUCGGCGCCGACUGAGCUUGUCGGUCUGAUCCCCAAAGGCUCUGAAGUGGCCGAUGGCUACCAAGAAUUGACUUUUGCGGCCCUCGCCCGUGCCGUUGAUGCCUGCGCUCGCUGGAUCGAGGCUCGCAUCGGACGGGCGAAGGAGCCUGAGACCAUUGCGUAUAUGGCCACCAACGACGUGCGGUACUUGGUCUUCCUUCUUGCUGCCCACAAGACCGGCUAUCAGCCUCUUCUUCCUUCCACCCGUCUUUCGGACGAGGGUUACAAGCACAUUCUCACCGGGAUGAAAUGCGAGAAAUUCUUCUACACCCCCGACAAACAGCGUCGUGUGUCCGAAAUUCAAGCUGUCCACCCCAGCACAAAGCCCUUCGAAGUUCCCUCCCUGACUGAGUUCCUCGAAAGCGAGAGCUCUCCAUACCCCUUCGAGAAGACCUUCAACGAAGCCGAGGAUGAGGUGGCGAUCAUCAUCCACAGCUCCGGAACGACAGGCAUGCCCAAGCCAGUGCCUCUGACACACGGCUUUCUCGCCACGAUGGAUAUGGCGGCGUAUCUCUCACGACCCCAGGGCCGGCGGUCCGCGCUGUUACACGAUCUCGAGCCCGGCCAGCGGGUGCUGGCCACGGCUCCGCUGUUCCACCUGAUGGGACUGAUUGCCUUCACGGAAGCCCUGUUCCACCAGAUCCCCUUUGUCAUGUGUCCCGACAAGCCCCUGUCGGUGGACCUGCUCGUCGACGUGAUCCAAACCACCCAUCCCACCGCCGUUCUGCUGCCGCCCUCCAUCUUAGAAGACAUCAGCCAUUCACCGCAGGCACGCGCGGCGCUCCGCACUCUGCAAGCGGUCUACUUUGCGGGCGCGCCGCUCGCGCCCGAGGUGGGCAAUGCGCUUGAAGCGGAGACCAAGGUCAUCACCGUGAUUGGGUCCAGCGAGAUGGGCCUUAUCAACUCUUUCGUGCCCGAGGGCGAGAAAGUCUGGGGCUACUUCGAAUGGAACCCUGCGUACGGCGUCAAGAUGGAGCCGCAGGAUGACGGUCUGUACGAGCUGGUCAUCCCCCGCCGCGCCGAUAGCCGGCGCAUUCACGGCAUCUUCCACACCUUCCCGCACCUGAACGAAUACCACAGCAACGACCUCUUCGUGCCGCACCCCGAACGACCCAACUUGUGGAAGUACCACGGCCGCAAAGACGACGUGCUCGUCCUCAGCAACGGCGAGAAACUGAACCCCGUCACGCUGGAGAAGGUCCUCGAGGGCCAUCCGCGCGUCAAGCACGCGCUGGUGGUCGGACAGAGCCGCUUCCAGACGGCCCUGCUGGUCGAGCCCGCCUCGCCGGUGGCCGACGAGAAGGAGUUCGUGGACGCCAUCUGGCCGACCGUGGAGCGGGCCAACGAGACGGUGCCCAAGUACGGCCGGGUGUCGAAGAACAAGAUCCGGUUGGCCUCGCCGUCCAAGCCCUUCAAGGUCACCCCCAAGGGGACCACGCAGCGCCGCGCCGUUAACCACGACUACGCGGAGGAGAUCGACGCUAUCUACGCCGCUGCCGCCGCCGCCGCCGCCGCCGGCGUGCCUCCGCUGCCCGAGACCCUCGACCGGGCGCACCUGUGCGAGUACGUGCGCACGCUCGUGGCGGACAUCCUCGGCCGCGCCGACCUCGCGGACGACGAGGAUUUCUACGGCGCCGGCCUGGACUCGCUGCAGACUAUCCAGCUGGCGCGCACCCUCCAGACGGCCGUGUCCGCGCGCAUGUCCGCCGAGGUCGCCCUCAACCAGCAACAAAUCUACGCCCACCCCACCGUCGCCCAACUGGCGCAGUCCCUGGUCGACCUCCUCCACGGCAACACUCGCACGACGCGCGUCUCGCGCCCCGAACGCCUCGCCAACAUGAUCGCCAAAUACACGUCGCAGCUUCCUCCCUUCCGCCCGCCGCCCGCCGCCCUCCCGGCGCAAUCCACCGUCAUCCUCACCGGCUCCACGGGCUCGCUGGGCACUUAUCUGCUGCACCGGCUGCUGACGAACCCCUCGAUCGCCAAAGUCUACUGCUUCAACCGCGGCGCCACCGCGGCGGAGCGCCAGCGGGACAGCUUCGAAGCGAAGGGGCUUGACACGCAGCUCCUCGCCGACGCCAACCGCGUGGAGUUCCUGCCCGUCGCCUUCGGCGCCCCGCAGUUCGGCCUGCCCGACCAGCUCUACACCUCGCUUCUGGAGCAGGUGGACCUGAUCAUCCACAACGCGUGGAAGGUCAACUUCAACCACCCGCUGGAGUCCUUCGAGGACCCGCAUAUCCGCGGGGUGCUCGAAUUUGUGCGGUUCAGCCAGGCGAGCGCCUACCGCGCGCACCUCGCCUUCGUCUCGUCCGUCAGCACGGUCGGGAGCUGGAGCCAGGAGAUGGGCCCCGUCGUGCCGGAGGCACCCGUCCAGGAUGUGCGCGCCGUGCUGGAGCAGGGGUACGGCGAGUCCAAGUAUGUGAGUGAGCAGCUGUGCGCGGCGGCGGCGACGCAGGCCGGGGUGCCGACGACGGUGCUGCGGGUUGGGCAGAUUGGAGGGCCGACGACCCGGCAGGGAAAGUGGAAUGUCGACGAGUGGGUGCCGACUCUGGUGAAAACGAGUGUGGCGCUGAGAAAGGUGCCGCGGGAUCUAGGCCAGUGUAGGAUCGAUUGGGUGCCUGUGGACACCCUCGCUACCAUCACCGUCGAACUCACGCAGACCCGCCGGAAGGAACAAUCCCACAACCCUCACGCGGUCUACCAUCUCGUGAACCCCACCACGGUCGCCUGGGAGGAGCUCGUGCCCGCCAUCCAGGCCAAAUACCCCGAGGUCGCGGCGGUCAGCUUCGCCGAGUGGAUUGGCGAGUUGGAGGCCGUGCAGUCGCCCAGCGAGGAGGAGGUACGGGCCAAACCGGCGCUGAAGCUGCUGCCCUUCUAUCGCGGGCUGAGUGGGAGUGUGCUCUCGGCGGAGAUUGCGGUGGAGCAGACCAGGCAGGGGAGUGAGACGAUGGCGAGGUUGGGGGGAGUGACGGGGCAGUUGAUGGGCAAUUGGUUGGAUCAGUGGGGUUUCUGA